UGUCACAGAGGUGAGGGUCACUUGAGUAACUUCCGACAACAUGGCUGGGGGGGUGGGACCACUCCCAGCAGUUUAACAACCCGUGUGAACGACUCGUUUCGACAGUAAAAUGUAAACUCACCGGGAUUAACUAAACACCCCCGAGCCGUGAUCAAAACACGACCUCACCGUGAGCUCGACCCGGGGAUGAUCGGCUGUCACCGGGCAAAGCGCGAUGAAGCCCCCGGGCAGCACCUCCACCGCCGCCGGCCUCUUCAACUUCUCCUACCCGGAGGAGGAGGGAGCCAUGGAUCCGUCGGGUCUCUCCUCCGGCACCAUGUCCAUCGAGAAGCUCCUGCCGGCUCUGCUGCAGUGCUUCGGGAUCAUCCUGUGCGGAUACAUCGCGGGGAGGGCGAGCAUCAUCACCUCCACCCAGGCGAAGGGACUCGGCAACUUCGUGUCUAAGUUCGCUCUCCCGGCGCUGCUGUUCAAGAACAUGGUGCUGCUGGACUUCGGGAACGUGAUCUGGUCGUUCCUCUGGAGCAUCCUGGUGGCCAAGGUGUCCGUGUUCCUGCUGGUCUGCGUCCUCACGCUGAUCGUAGCCAGUCCCGAGAGUCGCUACAGUAAAGCUGGGCUCUUCUCCAUAUUCGCCACACAGAGCAAUGACUUUGCUUUGGGAUUUCCUAUAGUUGAAGCCCUGUACAAGAACACCUACCCAGAGUACCUCCAGUACAUCUACCUGGUUGCCCCCGUGUCCUUGAUGCUUCUGAAUCCCAUCGGCUUUGCCUUCUGUGAGAUCCAGAAGUGGAAGGAUCAGGGAAACCACCAGCAGAGCAAACUUAAGAUAGUGGCACUCGUGGUUUGGCAGGUCUUAAAGAACCCCAUAGUGUUCAUGGUUGUCAUCGGCAUUGUCGCCCACUUUGUCCUGCACCAGACAAUUCCUGCCUUCAUGGCUAACUUCCUGGAUGGCUUGGCCAACGCUUUCGGGGGAGCAGCCUUGUUCUACCUGGGUCUGUCCAUGGUGGGCCAGCUGGGAAAACUCACCAGAUCCACAGUUGUUACACUGAUAUUACUCAUCACCGCAAAACUGUUGCUAAUGCCCCUGAUUUGUAAGGAGAUGGUGGAACUGUUGGACACCAGCAACACCAGCUCGUUGAACCACUCCAGCCUCUCCAAUUAUGCCUUUCUUUACGGAGUGUUUCCAACCGCGCCGAGUGUGGCUAUCUAUGCUGUCUAUUAUAACGCGGAGCUGGAAGUUGUAACCUCCGGGAUGGUGAUCAGCACUUUUCUCUCAGCGCCGAUAAUGUAUGCGUCUGCCUGGUUGCUCACGAUGCAAAGGAUGGAUCCUCAGGUUCUGAUGAAUUCACUGCAGAGUGUCAGCUUUGACAUAAGCAUAGUGAGCUUAGUUUUACUGGUGUGGACUAUUGCCGUCAUGUUUUUAAGUAAGAAAUCGAAAAGGCUACCUCAAAUUUUCACAGUCAACCUUUUCGUCGCACAAUUUCUAACUUGUAUCGGGAUGAUCCUGUGGAACUUUGUGGUGAAGGAAAACAACUUCACUGGCCAGGUCCUGACUUUCACAUUAUUAUCUACUUCACUCUACAGUACCUACGUGUGGCCAGGUUUAAUAGCGCUCUCACUCGUGCUCAUGAGAAGCUCAGAGGAUCUGAAAGUUCCAUCAGGUGUUUUGGUAAUCGCGGGCUGGGGGAUUCCAGCCUUAGUAACGGCUGGGUUGCUCAUUUCUGGGGCAGAAAUAUCCUACCCGAUUGACUCAUCAUUCUUUUACGGCAGACCACAGAUAAUCUGCACAAUAGUAGUAGCUUCCCUGAGCAUACUGCUGGGAGGCAGCUCGCUUGUUUGUCUUAGUCGAGGAAGCUGGGCACAGGAUGACCAAAUCCUGGAGGGAAACUCUUCGCUCGAUUUGGCAGAGGAUCUGGUGAUGGAAGUUGAACCCGAGAAUCAGAAUCCUUUUGAGCCGGUCACCUCGUCAGGAGAUCUCAACAGCAACGGCGCAUGCCUCAUAUGUGACUGUGCACCGCCCCAGCCCAUGCCUGAUAUGAUCACCAGCACAAAUACGAACAACACACCAGUCAGCCUAACAGCUCAGUGUGAGAACAAGUGCGUGUCCACCGACUGCCUGCUCGUCCAAGUGGAAGAGCUCCAACAGGUCGCAGACAGACAAGUGGCUCGUCAUGUGCUCUUGUGUCUGCUGCUGACUGUCAGCCUGUUUGCUAACUUGUCCAGCUGCCUGUGGUUACUCUUUUACGUUGUUCCUGGUAGACUCUACUUGGAACUGCAGUUCUUCUGUGCUGUGGCCAACUAUGGACAGGGUUUCCUCUCCUUUGCUCUAUUUGGGCUGGACAAGAAUUUGAUUAUAUUACCAUUUAAAAAGAGGUUAUAUAAACUGUGGUAUGGAAGGAAGCGAGAGCAGCCGCUGCAGACGGAUUUACCUGAGGAAGUCAGGAUGACCUGCACCAAGUUCACCAAGUACCACAAGGACCAGUGUUGUCAUGACAUUGUUAAAAAGAGAAGGUGUGGGAAGAGGGCUACAGUUGACUGUUUUCUCGGGUGUGAACUUGUGGAGUGGCUUCAGCAGGUCGGCUUGGUUCAGGACCCUGGCGAGGCGGGGCUCUACGGGAUGCAGCUCCAGCAGGGCGGCGUGCUCCAGCACAUCAGGCAGGAAUACGACUUCCAAGACAGCCAACUGCACUACCGCUUCAUAAAAUAAGACAGAAAGAUCAGGGUUAACGGUUCUUAUAUCUCAAACUUCUGAUCAUAGAAGUGAGGUGGAGGAAUGACACUGAUCUUUUAAGAGUGCACACUGGAAAGUCAGCUUGCAGUGCCAGAUCCUGGCCUGCACCCAACAGCACAGUGGGGUGUUGAAACAGACAUCAGAUUGUGAUCUUUAGUGUCACAUGAGUGCAACGUGCGUGAAACUGAAGGGCCAAGCCACUAUGCAUUACCUGAAGUUGGUUUUGAAGGGAACCACAAAUUAAAGGUUCAGUGUGACGGAUUCAGUUUCAUCUUAACGGGUGACAUAAAACAUGAAAGGGCCACCUUUAAACAAAAGUUUAACAUGUAACCCUAAACUCUCUAGUUUAAUUUGUGAAAUAUGGAACUGCAGCACUGUUGUCAAUCAGGGCGGGAACACGAGCUGUCAGAUGAUCACACUUGCAUAGAAAGCUCCAUGUUUUGUCAUAAAAUCUAAGUAGUUGAAACUGGGAGGAACAGAAGUGACAGUUAAAAUCACUUGUGUGGAAAAACUAGAGCUCUAGUUUAGUCCAGGAAAUCGCUCUUUAAAUUCGAACAAAUCUCUAAAACAGAACAGAACAGAUGCUCCUCACAUUCUCAAAUUUUAAGUUAAUAUUUGCUCUUCACUGGUUGAUCAUUUACAUAUCUGUGUUCCUGACUCUUGAGGUGAUGUCACUACAGCCUUUAAUCUGCAGUAAAGUUUUGUUUUGUUUGAAAUUUUAACGUAACUAACUACAAGACUACUAGACUGAAGGUGUUUGCACUUAACAGGCCGAUUUUCAAGAUAAGCAUUUCUAAUCCUUUGGGGUGGAACAAGACUAGAACAUUUUUAAUGUAGUAAGUACACUGGAAUUUACAGUACUCAAAUUUUAUGGCAUUAUGUGAGCAGUAAUCCACAGGGGGGUGCAGGUAAAAACUCCUGAAUCAGUAUUUCCUCUAUGUAUACACCUCAGAUUUUAUUUUUGCUUUCCUACCAAAGAUACUCGCCAAGGAAAAAAGGGAAAGAUGUGGUUUUUUAAUUCUAGUUCAUUUUUAUAUUUUUUUCUAGUCAGUUUAAUGUAUGAUUAACUUUUGUUUCCCCAGUUAUUCUUAACUGGAAAUGUAUGAUUAAUCUCAAAUAAUGUUGCUUUGCUCACCUACAGCUUAGCAUGACUCUGCACUGAUAUAUAACAGGGAUUGUGUGUGAGCAGUGCACAGUCACACACAGUUCCAAAAAACAAGCAACCACUUUGAACAUCUAAAAUAAACAUCCUCUGUAUUUCCAUUGCCUUGUUAUAUCCGUUAAAAGUUUUAAUAACAAGAAGCGCAAACAAUAUUUCAAGAAAUUACAAAGGCCAUUAUCAUUUUUACAUGGACUAUAUAUGAACCUGGAGAUCUCAGGAAAGUUGCUUUAGUAGGAGCUGCUAUAAUUCAAAGUUUCACUCAGGUUCAUAUAUAUAUAUUUUUAAUGCUGUUAGAAACUUGUUUUUAUUUUUUAAGUGCAACUAUUUGAGUUUAUUACUAACUCAAUCAAACAUGUUGGUCUUUUAAUAAAAACAUUUAAUUUACUGUUGAGCACACAAUGUCUGUCAAAGGCUGAAUGUUUGAGAUUUUUAUUUAUUUAAAAAUAAAAUUUACAACUGAACCCUAAAA